AUGAAUAAUAAAGAGGACGAUGAAAAUGCGAAAUUAGACGGUUGUUUAAAGCUAAACAUCUGUUCUCGCAAAAGGAACAUGUUCGAGGAAUACUCUAAGAUCUUUCGUAUCUUAUUGGCAAGUUGGAAAGAAAAUUACGGUCAACUUCGCAACGAUGAAUUUAACGAAAACUUAGAAGACCUGAUUUUACCGAGCAACGAAGACUGGCGUUACCGAGUCUAUUAUCGACUGGUUGAACUGCAAAGAGAAUGCGACGUCGAUUUUGUAAAAAGAAGGGUCGAAGAAACCGGAUUGGGGACGGAAAUGGAAACGAAGUUGGAAGCGGAAAGGAAUCGAAAGAAGAACGAUUGGGAAUGGGAGCCAAAGAAGCAUGGACACAGUUUGACGAUGGUUAAGCCUAGAAAAUAUGGAAGCGAAGAAUCGAAGGGAGGAUCGUUGAUGAGCGUCGAUAGGAUCAGCGGUUCGAUGAUAGAAUCAUGCGUUCAACCAGGUUGGCGCGUUAACGAUAUUCUGUUAGCCGCGAAAGUUCUUCGGAAAGUGCAGCCUUCUCCUAUGUACUCGGACGAGGCCGAGAUGCGUCGUGUAUUUGGACUUGUCUACGACGUUCUCAGAUACAAAAAGAUAUUCGUUCGUGCCUUGGAGGAUAUAGGAUUUUGGCAGCAUAAUAACGCGAUCAAAGAUCGAGAAAAGAUCGUUUGGUUGUUGCUGUACGAUUUACAAGGAAGAAAAUUUGCGAAGCCACAGUUCGAGACCGCCAAUUUCGAAGAACGCGAGAAGAUCUUUGAGGCUGCUGGCUUAGCGGAUGUCGAGAACGCUCUUCUGAAUGUGAAGACUCGCCUCGCGGCAAGUAUUUCCAGGCUACGGAUCCGCGGCUCUGCCCUCAACCUCGAUGAAUUGUUGCCGAGCCAAUUGCGCGUUAUCGAAGGCGUCGCUUGGGGUGUACAAGCUAGGAUCGCUUCCGGAUGGAUAAACAGCAUGAAAAUCGUCAACAAGAUAGAAUUCCUGGAGGAAAUGUCGAAACUGAAAUUGACGUAUUGCGAAAGCAAAGGAGCGAAGGUAGAACUUGAAGAGAAUGAGUAUGCGUUCGAUCCUAUUUGUCCGAAGAUGGUUCAUUUACACGAAAGCAUGCGGGAAAUGCUGGCUGUUUCCAGUAUCGUUCGUGAUCACCGUUUCGUAUUUCUGGAAAGAUCAUUGUGUAUUGGCGCGGCAGCGUUGGUACAGGCGAUUCGCGUCGGUCGAGUCUACGGCCCGGUCAUUUUAACGCAUUCCCUUGCACCUCGACACACUGGAUAUCUGGCUGGUCUUUUGGCCGAUAUCGAGCACGCUGGUAAACUCCUGGCCUUUGGAGCUGGCGAUCGUCGUUGCGAGUACGAGACUUACCUGAAAAACCUCGGCAUCACCUUGCAACGGUGUCACGUCUUCUCCGAAAAGUACGCGUCUCAUCUGACGACGAGCGAAUCAGAGAGGGCCACCGUAGUGUUAGCGGUGCCAUCGUGUACCUACACAGGGGUCAGAGAUAUCGUCGAUCUUGCAGUGGCACGAGGUGGAGACGUGGAUCUUCUCGAAUCGUUAACGGAUGGCUAUACCAACAGCCUUCACGACGACAUUGACGACAACUACGAACGACAGGAUAACAAUUGCGAAGACGAAAAGAAUUAUAACGAUCAUGAACAGUGGCGUACUUUCUUGACCGAUCAAAUGUCCACUUUGAAAUAUACUUUGACCAGGCCAAAUGUACAAUUCGUCGUAUACGAAGUGCACACGAUUUUACCUUCAGAGACAACGGAGAUGGUUCGGCAGGUGGUAGACUGCGUUAAUCGGAUGGCCAUGGAGAAGUACAUUCGCGAACAUCCGAGGAAAGCGCCGAAGGAAUCAUCGAAAUUGGUCAAGAUGGACGAGGAAUUGCGAAAAGACGAUCAUACCUCGACACUGUCCGCGAACAUUACCAUCCCAGACAGCGAUCUCUUCGAAGUGAGCAGCAUCGACGAUAUUUACGGAGAGAACGUUAGUGAUAUGUUAAAUCCAGGAUGCUUUCUCGUGGUAAUAAAACGAAAAGAAAUGGUGCAAUUCGACUCGCUGUUUAUGAUCAAAGUAGCAGAAUCGAAGGGUUUGUUCGGCGAUCCGAAAGCGCAACAGCGAUCGAAGCAGGAGUCCGUCAUCGAUCAGUCGAUUCGGCAAUCCUUGCAAACAGGCGCACAAAAACGAGCAAAGCGUGUCAAGGUGGAGAUCGAGCGUAUAAUGGCACAUACGUACUCCUCGUUAUCGAAAAGCGUACAAGAAAAUCAGAUUUGUCCACGGCACAAACGAUGCGCCAGUUGGGAGGAAGCGACUGGAUUGCAGGUAUUCGAAAAUGCAAAGUUAGACGUUAAAACGUGGCGAAAGCAAAAGAAUAGUGCGAAUCCUUCGAACACACCUCUAUACGCAACUUCGUCACGGAAAAAGGAAUUAGAAGCGAUACGCUCGAUCUUUUCACCGCAAUCCGAAUUCAAAGCGUCCACGUUGCAUACAGAGCCGAAGCAAAAGAGAUCUUCGUCCACAUUGACUAACUCGCUCAACAUCGAAUCUCUGCCCCGCGAGGAAUGGAGCCAUGCUACUUCGUCGAUUUUGAGGUCACCGAUUGUUGCUAGAGCGGCGCGUCUUAUUCGUCUGGAGGAUUCCAUCGAUAGCGAGAAUUACGAGGAAGCGAAGAAGCAGACGCGAUCAAAGACAGGCCACCGAUACUGGGCAUCGAGGAAGACGUCUCGUCUAUUACAUCCUGUUGGAUCACCAUCCAAUGUGUACAGCUCGCUCUUUGAUAUCGUUUAAGAUAAUUACCGGGACGCUUACACAUGUUCGAGACGUUGUUCGCUCGAAGAUAUAUCGUUCCUGACCUUUUUUCGAAUUUCUAGCUAUUUAAAAUCAAGAUUGUACGAAAAUAUCCAACACGAAAUGUUCAAAGCACACCGGUUGCGGUCAAACAUACAAAAUAAAUCAAUUAUUCGUAGUAUUGAAAGUUUAAUAAAGUCGCAGUAAUGGUUCCGCAUAUUAUACAUAUUAUAUUUAUCGGUGACAAUAAUCUCUUUAGAUAUUCUGAAUAUGACAAAUCAAAUGAAAAAUUUCGCAGUAUGGAAAUAAAAGAAGUUAGAAGAAUAGCGCGUGGCGUGCUGUUAUACGAAUAACGAGAAAGGAGAGAAAAUUGACAGCAAACAGAGUUUCGUUUUCAUUGAGAGCCUGUUAGCGUAUAAUUUAUACGUACAAUUAUAUGUAAUGUUGGUUGCUAUGAGAUCCAUGGUAUUUAUGGAAUCUAUGGGAAUGGAAUUGAAGGAUGUAAAUGUGGAUAUAUGAACUAUGCAUUUGUGCGUUUGGAUGCGAGUUAAGGAAAUUGCCACCAGUGAAUCGUCUUCUAGCGUCGAAUACGGCUGAAAAGGUGUUGCAAAUGUGAUUUCGAAAGUAACCUGUUUGGAAAAAUGAAACUGAAACAGAAGAACUACCAAUAAAAGAAAAAGUUACAAUUA